AUGAUUUGUGAAUUUUUCGGUUUAUGGGAUUCAAGAUUCAUUCUCCUAAAAAAUGAUGUGGAUGGGAAUAUUAAAAAAGUGUCACGUGCAUCUAACAAUCUACAUGUGAAUACAUUAUAUGAAUUAUUGGCCAAUGAGACUAAUCGUGAUGACUCAUCCGGAUCAAAUAAUUCUAUUGGACAAGAAACUAGUGCUGUUGCUCCUGUUGGAAAUGAUCAAAGUGUAUUGAAACAUUGGAUUAAUCAACUAGAAACAGAAAUUAAACGUUUUAAAGUGGAAAAUGCUAAUUUAAAUAAAUUGAAAAUAGAAGUUCAAAAUAAUUUACGGCAGAUAGAAUUAGAAAAAAAUUGUUUUAUUAACAAUAAAAUGAAAGAACAAAAAGAAUUUGAGGAGUAUAAAGAAGCUGAAAUAAAGAAAUUGAAGAAGGAAAAAAGAGUUUUAGAAGAAUAUCGACGUGCUUUAAGAACUAUGCCAAAUAAGAAGGAUCGUGAAGAAAUUGAACGACUUAAACAAGAACUUGAAGAAUCUCGAACAGAUAUGGGUAAACGUGAAGUUCGAUGGCAUUCAGCGCUUAGUCGUCUACGUACUAGAAUUGAAGAAUUAGAAACUGAACGAGAUGAACUUAAAAGUCGUAUCAGUAAACUAGAAGAAGAUCGUAUAUCAUUACAAAGUCGGUUAGCAAAAUUACAAAUAUCCUCGAAUACAUCAAAUCCUAGUAGACAACGAUCAUCAUCACUUCGACAGACAAUCAACUCAAUCUCACAAUCCAUCAGUCUAGCACCAUCAGUUAAUGGAACCAAUCUGAAGACGACAAGUGAUACAUACCACCGUUCAAGACAACCACCGUGUACACGUUCAUCAUCAUCAACAACAACAACAACAUUAUCUCGUCCUGUUUCAAGAUUGAGUAGUAACCCUGAUCGAUAUGGUACUAUGAAUGGCCAUAUGAUUAUGUCAACUAAUCAAAAACAGAUUUAUUCAAAUAAACCAUGUCAACAAGAGUGUAGUUCAUCGAUUGUAUCAGGUACACGAGAAAGUUUAACCAGUGGAAAUGGUUAUUUCACUGGAGAUGAUGAUUGUAGUUCAGUUGGUGGAAGUAGUGGACGCGUAAUCGUCAAAUUUCUCAAGCAAAAGACACUGUCAAUAAAUUGCAUAGUUAUUGGUCAAGAGAAGUUGCCUAUUCCAGGGACAGCUGCUUCAGGUACUCUGAUCCGAAGUGUUAAGCAUACUGACGGUUCGAUUGAACAAACCUAUUCGAAUGGUGCUGUAGUUGUAUCAUAUGCUAAUGGCUCUGUGAAAGAGAUUUUUCCUGAUGCCACCACUGUGAUUGUUUCGUUAUUCAAUGGAGAUAUUAAACGGACUUUACCAGAUGGUCGUGUAAUAUAUCAUUAUGCAGCUGAUGGAACAGUUCAGACAACUUUUCCUAAUGGUACUGAGGAAAUUUUAUUUGCAGAUGGACGCCAAGAAAUUAUUCAUUCCAAUGUAAAAACAGGUUCUUCUAAUGGAUUACUUUCCAUGACAAUCCCAGCCAAUCCAUCGAAAUGUUUGAUAAAUGAACAAGUAUGCCGAAGACUUAGUAAUGGGGAUAAGGAGAUUUUAUUACCCAAUGGGCAACGAGAAAUUCAUUCUAGUUCAGGAAUUAAGUGUCGUAUAUACCCAGAUGGUACAACAAAAACUGUUUUUCCUGAUGGCCGCCAAGAAACUCGUUACAGUUCUGGACGUCUGCGAGUUAAAGAUGCUAAUGGAAAUCUACUAUUGGAUACGCGAUUGCCUGUUACCACUUAUCAUCCUGCGUUAAAUGCGAAUUUGCUUGAUGUACACAUUCCUAACGGCUUCUAUAAUAAUGAUUCUGGCAAGAUAUCCACUGCCAAUCUACCCAAUGAAAAUAAUACCACAAUGAAAUCCAAUUCUUAG